AUGAUUGGUCGGACGGCUCGCGCUUAUCCAAUCAGCAGCCUGGGGGCCUCGGCAGAUUUCUGUUUUACGAAGGAAGACAAACAGCCCGGGAACCAGGGGGAGGCCGGUGGCCCCUCCGUCCCCGGCCCCCCUCGCCUCCUCGGUCCCCUCGGGGCAAUGCAAUCAUGUGAACACUUCCGCGGACACUCUUCAGGUGAGGAUGGAAGGCCCGCUGUUCACACAGGAAAUGGCAAAUUUGGACGUAAUAGGUCGGCACUGAGCGAGUAUGUGAGCCGAUACGAGGUGUUGCGCUACAACCCGGAGCAGGUCCACCGCGACCAUGAGCGUGUCAAGAGGUCACUGUAUAAAGAUGAAGAGCUGACCAUAGCAUUUGCCUCCCAUGGACGGUCAUUUCACCUGCGACUGAAGCGGGACACACAGACGAUCAGUCCAUAUGUCAAAGUAGAAGUUCCACCCAGAUUAGAAGGGCUGGAUUUUAACCACCUUUAUGAAGGGACAGUUGAAGCUGAUCCCGGAUCAAAGGUCUGGGGAAGCGUUAGAGGAGGAGUGUUUGAAGGAGUCAUAGAUAGUGGGCGGGAUGGUGUAUACUAUGUAGAGCGAGCAAACAAGUAUUUCCCUCGCCACAAUGCAACAUCCUCGGGCUUCCACUCCCUCAUAUACCACGACAACCAUGUGGAGGACCCAUAUGCCCGGGUGCGUUCUGGGCAUUCCUCGGGAUGUGGUAUAACAGAUGACGUAGCAGCAUGGAUGGACCGUGUUCAAAACUCUGCAGAUCCUGUAGAGGAAAAGGAGGAGGCUAGUAAACAGUACCAACAAACUCCGGCUCAUCUGCUUAGUCAGUAUAAGUACAAAAAAUGGCUAGACUCUCAUGAUAAUUACAAAACAAGUGAAGAAGAAGAUGGAGUUUCAGAUUUCUAUGAAACCAUCUUGGACGAUUACCAUAAUAAGUACAGUGCGCAAGCAAACAGUCGAACGAAGAGAGCAGUUGGAAUGGGUGUUGGAGAAGACAACAAAGGGACAUGCUCUCUCUCAAUCCAAACAGAUCCCAUGUUAUGGCACCAUAUAUACAAACAGGAGGAGAAUGAUCCCAUCAGGACACGGGACGAGAUUACAGCAAUGAUCUCACAACAUAUCAAAGCCAUCAAUAAUAUCUACGGCAAUGUAAAAUUUGAAGGAAAAUACAAGCACAGGAACAUACGAUUUGAAGUGCAGAGAAUCAAGAUUGAUAAUGACGAGCCUUGCCGUCCCAACUGGACAGGAGAACCAAACAAAUUCUGUAAAGCCAAUGUGGAUGUGAGCAACUUCCUGAACCUACAUUCCCAAAAGAAGCAUGAUGACUUCUGUCUUGCUUACGUGUUCACAUUUAGGGAUUUCACAGGUGGUACCCUUGGCUUAGCCUGGGUUGCUUCUCCAUCAGGUGCCUCUGGUGGUAUUUGUGAAAAGUACAAGACCUAUACAGAGAACCUGGGAGGUUUCCGUCACUCUGAAAAGAGAUCCCUCAACACUGGUAUAAUCACAUUCCUCAACUACAACUCUCGAGUUCCUCCAAAGGUCUCACAACUAACAUUGGCUCACGAGAUUGGUCAUAAUUUUGGCUCACCACACGACUUUCCUGAGACGUGUAAGCCUGGAGGUCUGCUGGGGAACUACAUUAUGUUCUCCUCUGCUACCAGUGGAGAUCGGCCAAAUAAUGACAAGUUUUCUCAGUGCUCCAUUCGUAAUAUAUCACUGGUUCUUGAUGCCAUAUCGGAAAAGAGAAGAACAAAUUGUUUCUCAACCAACAAUGGUGCCUUCUGCGGAAAUAAGAUCGUUGAAGAAGGGGAAGAAUGUGACUGUGGUUAUGAUGAUGAGGAAUGUGAAGAAAAGUGUUGUUAUCCACUCAAGAUUUCUCAGAAUGAUAAGAUGCAGAAUUCAUCUGCAAGAGAGUGUAGACGCAGAAAGAACACACAGUGCAGUCCAAGUGAAGGCCCUUGCUGUAGCAGAGAUCGCUGUGCGUAUGUGACACAUAAUGCCCGAGUUCAGUGCCAUUCUGAAACAGACUGUGAGGAGUCAGUGUAUUGCAAUGGUCGCAUGGCACAGUGCCCAUCCCCCAGGAAGAAGCGAGAUCACAAGCAAUGCAAUGAAGGCACAAAGGUCUGCAUAAAAGGAAAAUGUAGUGGAUCCAUAUGUCUUGCACACAAGUUGAUGGAGUGCUUCCUCACAUCAGACCGUGUGAAAGACAAAAAGAAGCUGUGUGAAAUUGCCUGUCAAGAAGGCAAUGACACUUCCACUUGUAAAUCUACUUCAGAACUAAAGCAUAUCUUUGGUGAACCUGUAUUUAUGAGACCUGGAGCUCCAUGUAAUAACUUCCAGGGUUAUUGCGAUGUCUUCCAAAAAUGUCGUGCAGUGGAUGCUGAGGGACCGCUUGCAAGACUCAAGAACCUGCUCUUCAAUCAGGACACGCUUAACAGUGUUGCUGAGUGGAUCACACAAUACUGGUAUGGUGUGAUGAUGCUUGGUGUUGGCUUUGUGGUCUUCAUGGGCAUUUUCAUCAAGUGCUGCGCCGUGCACACCCCAUCCAGCAACCCUCGCAAACCUCCAGCACGAUCCAUCACAGAAACCCUACGUAGACCUGUCAGCACUCUCAGAAGAGUCAAACGACAUCGCCAAGGCCCGAGCCCAAACGCCCAGGGUGCCCCGGGCCCCAGUCACCAUCAUCACCACCACCUUCAUCACCACAACCAGCCUGGACCAUCUCGCCAUAGUGGGGGGGCAGCUGCAGCAGUGCCCGAACGACCAAAGGGAGGAGCCAAGAGGUCUAGUCGGGCAUACAGUGAUGAUCCACCGCCACCUUACCCUGGGAAUCCCAGACCUCUAAGCUCUUCUAAUCCAGGAAAUUCUGUCACACCAGUCAAUCGUAGUGGCCCUACCCGUCAUGGCUAUGGUGAGGGCCGGGGACACUAUAACAGACCCAAAG